AUGUUGGGUUCAUUUUCUCGUUCCGUUCCUCGUCUUUUUGGACAACCAGGGUCCGCGAUCUUACGGAGAUGUUUCGCUGCUGAAGCUGCUGUAGGACGCUUUGGUAUGGCUCUAACUUUUGGUUCUCCAACAGAGGUAAGUAGUUAAAAAGUCAGAGUAGUCUUGUGGAAACGUGGUGAGCCAGACGUGUUAUAUAAUGCAGUUUUAAAAUAAGCUCGACUGUCUCUUGACAAGGAGAUAACUAUUUUAUAAUCUUUGGCUACUAGAAAAAUCUACCUGUAGGAUGCAUGUUGUCUUUGAAGUAGGAAAACUUUAAUACAGAAAGUAUCUGUUGGGUUAUAUUAGGCGAAGAUGCCCAAUAUAUUUCUGCAGUAGCCUUUCUAAGUAUUGAAAUUGUUAUUUUGACGGCCUUGAAAUAGUAUGGCAGCUGUGAUGGAUGUGAGUAGAAGGAAAUGUGGUUACUGCUUAUUUUACAAAAACAUGUAAUUAUGUUUGCCACAACAUAACAUCUUUCAUUGCUUUGAGUCUCUAUUGCUGGUGGUGUUUUGCAAGAGUAAGCUCCUUGAAUCAAGAAUACAAUAAUAUUUCAUACUGUUGAUAGAAAUCUGUUCAGAAUCUUGUCAACUGCAAUUUCAGUUGAGAGACAAGAGGUCACAAAGUCAGUGGAGAGCACACUGAAGCUACCAGGAAACAAUAUUUUCUUCACUUUCCAUAUAUUUGCCGGACAAGAAAUAAGUUUUGCUUUUGCUGGUGUCAAUUCAUAAUAGAACUCGACAUUGAUGGUAAUUGACCAGGAGAAAGAAAAUUUCAAGCAAAUCUACGUAUGUUGUCAGCAUGGAAUUUUCAAGGCUAAAUCACAGAGAUCUGUCUUGCAAACAUGCCAGUGGCAAGGUGUGAUAAUAGUUAGCCAUAUUCACAUUCAUAUUUUGGAAAACCAUGCUCAAGAGGCAGAGAAAAACAAAUGGUGCCAUUUCUACAGUCUAUACUCCCACUAGACCAUAGCUCUCGACCAAUCAGCCCAUAGGAAAUCACAGUUAUUGUAAAGUACAAAAUUCAGUACCACUCACAAGUAAGUUGACAGUUGACUCAAGACUUGAUUCUCACAUCUUGAAACUCAUAGCAACAAUCCAGUCUUAAGUCGAGACUGUCAGCGUACUUUCGAGUGUUACCACUGUACCUGAAGAGUUCUAGCCAGGCGUUACUGAAAGCGCUGCUUGCUAUAACUGUGCUUACACCUUUUUCCCAAGAUGUCGAAAAGGAAAAUAAAACAAGAAGUGGAUUUAGUGCUCUUAUUUGAGCUUUUUUUGAUUAGAAAACAUAAAACAGAGCAAUCAACUAGUAUCAUAAUUGGUUAGAAAACAACCAAUCAAAUUGCACAGUACAUUGUAGAAAGUUGGCAUGGUUUUUGCAUGCUGUUAUCCACAUCGGGAACAUUCAGAAGACCUUCAGUUAAUUUUCAGAAAGUAUUCAGACACUGUCGAGAAUGACAUUCUUACAAUGCAAAGAUUUCUAGAUCUCUCCAGAUAUUGGUAUUCCGGGGGUUGGCAGGUAUGAUGUAUUCUCAGACCUGCCCUCAAGGGAAAGAAAGGGAAGGAGCAAACAAAAGACUUGAAUGCAACAACAGUCGUGAUCAGAACUACACUCAUGCGGGUGAUUGUAUUCCACCUACUUAAAUAUGAAAUGAGUCCUCGAUUCAAAUGUUUGUCGUUUUAGACCUUCUAUUCAGAAGUUGAUGUGAAGCAAGUUGAUGUAACUACUACUACUGGAAGCUUUGGCAUUCUACCAAGCCAUGUACCCACCCUGGCUACUCUAAAACCAGGACUUCUCACAAUACAUGAUGAAGGAGGUGCUACUAAAUAUUUUGGUCAGUAUUACAGGCCACAGUUAUUUCUAUCAUAAUAAAUAAAAAUGAUUAUUAUUUCUUUUAUCACUCAACCUUUCAAUAUCAGUGUGUUUGUAAUCAACCUUUGUCACCUACAAUCUUGGACAAAAGUCCGCGAAAGUCAUUCAAUAAUUAUUUUCCAUUACCAUUUAUUUUCAGGAUGCCUUCUGAACCCUUUAAGUCCCAAUAUCCACAUACAAAUUCUCCCAAAGUGAUCUCAAGAUAUUUCCAUAAAAAAUAAGUUGAGAGAAUUUGUUCAAAGAUAAAGGCAUUUUCCCUUAGGUGAUCAUUGAUUGAUUCUCAUAGACUUUUCUUUCAAUUAUGGACGGACCAUUAGAAAUGUUAUGGGGGGUGGGGAAUUUUCGAGCCACAGGAAUUUUUUGUCAUUAUCAAAUUCCUUGUAUGAUUUUUUUUAGGCCAUAGCAUGAAUAUUGACGUGCAUGAAUUUUUUUUCAUUUAGUUUUCCCUUGCGCAGAUAUUUUUUUUGUACCUGUUAUUGUUAGGAGAAAAUUGAUGUUGGUCACUCUUGGGAGGUUCAGGAUAAGCGCAUGCUCAUUAAUUAAAUUACUUUGUCCCAAUUCAUUAUUAAUUCUAUCGGUUAAUAAUUCCACUCACAUGUAUCUCAGCAAUCUCAGAGUGUAUUUCAAAGUAGAAGUGUAUUUUAGAGUAACCUGAAGUAGGAUGGAGGAGUAAUAAAAUCGAAGAAAACAUUAGUGGAUUAAGCCAACACUACCAACGUUGAAUUUAUUGUUGAGCCGAAGGUUUUAUUCCAUGGCUGGUUAAUUUACAGCUAUUUGCACACAAGUUGAUCAAGUGACUGCCAGGGGAGUGUGCAGAUUGGUUCUUUGACAACAUUAUGACAUCAUAUUGCUUGCAUACAUGAUACAGCAUGUGCCGGCAUAAAAACAGCAUUUUGAUAAAUGAGCAUGCACUGAACGGUGAACAAGUCCCUUUAAAGGGUAAAGAAUUACUAUUUUUGUCACAAAUGCCUUGCUUUUACCCUUCCCUACCCUAUGCAAUUUUGAAAGUUUAGUAAAAUUGGAGAUAUAUACCAGUAACCCCUGAUUUGUGUUUAAAAUAUUUUGUGUCAAGUAUAUGACAUUGUGGACUAAGAAAUAAUGUUUGAGGAUGUUUUAGAAUCAUUUGAAUUGAUAGAAAUUACAAAUUUUUGUUUUUAUUACUGUCAAACAUCCACUAACAACCACCUCUCCUCAACAGCCACUUUUUUGGCAGACAAUCCAUGCAUUGACUGUUGUUUAACUCUCUACAAUGGCCACUUUUUUCUGUGCCAAAGGUGGCCAUUGUGAAGAGGUUCAACUGUAUUUCAGCCUCACAUUAUAGCUAAUUGACAAUUGUCUCCUGGUGAAAUAGGCCAGCCCUUACAAUGUAUAUAGAACCCUGAGAUCCUUGGCCACACUGAGUGAUCAAUGUACGCUCUACUGUACCUGUAAAUGGUGCACGAAUAGAAUGCAUUAAAUAAUGUUAAGAUAAUCUUUUCUUCUGUUAAUAGCGAGCAGUGGAACAGUGUCCAUUAAUGCUGACUCCACAGUUCAAAUCCUGGCUGAGGAAGCCCAUCCUUUAGAAAGAUUUGACCCACAGGUACAGUGUAUGGUAGUGUACCUUGUCAGCUUUGUUGUGCAUCACUAUUCAUUCUGUGUUUGACCAGUGAUCCAACCACUGUACAGUUUUUGCAUGUGAUAGUGACUUGACAUUAUCACCAACCGGUAGCUGGGGCUAGUAUCAAAGAGUCACAGAAAUCUGAUGAGGUGUCUUUAUUUAGAAGCACAAAUAGAGAAGUUGAGGGGAAUACGAAAGAAGGGAGGCUCAUGUGCUUCUUAGGAAAAGCUAGCAUCUCUGCUCUUCUCACAUUCCUCAAUUUGUUUUGGUUUUCAUCAGAAAGGGAGACACUAAUAAUUGAGGCUGUGCAUGUACGUAAGACUCUGUCUGGGUGUUCUGUUAAAUUACCGGUACACUGCGAGACUUUUACUGGCUGUACAUAUAUAUAGUCGUAUAAACAUAACAACUUUCUUUAAUUUUCCAGACAUGUUUCGAUGGUACAUUCGUGAUCUUCAGUGUUACAUAUUUUGAAAUCGCCGUUGAAUUUAAAGCGCGCGCGAUCUUACAAAGUUCGUUACAUUGUGUUGUCGAUAUUGCGUACUAAAACAAAAUUAAAUGAGUGACGCUUAGUUCUUUACAGGGAGAGAGUCAGGUUAAUGUGUUUCACCUGCUGGUUGAGAUCGGGCUUCUCACAUUUUAUAAACAUGGAUUCCUUAAGCUUCACUUAGUACUUAGUGGCUGCAGAGUCUAGGAUCUCGAAGCAAUCUGGUGUGCAGGAUGCUCUACAAAACUCUGAACCCUGCAGAUGUUUAAAAACGCUCGAAAUUCAACGGCGAUUUCAAAAUAUGUAACACUGAAGAUGACGGAUGUACCGUCGAAACACAUCUGAAAAAUUAAAGAAAGUUGUUAUGUUUAUACGACUAUCUAUAUUGUUGCUGCUAUCUAGACCUUCUGUACAUAUAUCAAAAUAAUAUAAUCAAAAGAAAAGGAUAUAUCAGGGUUUUCAUUAAGAAUUGCAGUAGCAGGAGAAUAGUGUAAAGUAACAGGAGAAUAUUUUGAAAGAAUGAAGCCCUUUCCUGGAAAGAGCUUGAAAAUGAGCUUGGAAAUUUUGCAUUUUAAACUCUUCUGAGAUGGCUUUUCCUGCUGUCUGAUAGCAAAUUUUAUUUCCUGUAGCUGCCAAACAAAAAACACUGCAUACCUCUACAUGGUUUCAAAACAUUUUUCCUUCAAAUUUACACCCAUAUUGUUACAUACUUAUGUAAAUUAUGAUCAACUUCCAACCCUGUCACUCAGUCCUAGAGUUGUGACAUGUGGCUGGCCAAACAUACCAAAGAGUGAAAAGAAAAUAAUUUUCAAUACGCUUUAACUUCAAAAUUUUUAAAUAUUUUUAGGAUGUUAUCAAUAGUGAAAGCACGAGACAUGAGAAACUUUUCCUGCCUGUCGGUGACACAUGUGCUUGCACUCUAGACAAAACACAUUUAAACAAAUUCGCUCUCAACGCAAAGCUUUGUGUGUCUGGUUUAAUAGACGAUUUGUCAAAUAUCGCUGAAUAUUAAAUCUUCUUUGUUUCCAGUGCAGUUGCAAUUUACAAUGUGCCGUUUUAGAAGUCAUUGUUAAAAUAGAAAAAUCUCAAAAUUUGCAUUUGCUUUCAGGGCUGUCCAAAAGUUUUAACUGACAACAGUUAUUGUAAAUCAUUUGUAAAUAUUAUGUAAUUUAAAGGUCCUAAUCAUCUCUUAUUUUGUUGCGAUAGAAUCGAAAUUAAAUGUCUGAAUGGGGUAAAUUACGAAGUUGUACCAAGGUUUUUUCUUGUUAUUCUCGAGUAAAUGCAGCAUUCUUCUGACUGGGUGCGGUAUUGAUUCAAGGGCGGCGUUUAUUAGGAAUUUUGCUUCCAUCCGUGGAGUUUGAUCAAGGGUGUCGUUUAAUCGAAUAAAUAUGGUAUCUCAGGAGUUAUACUGUACAUACAUGUAACUGUCCCAAGGGUGAUGGGCUGCUAUGAAAAUUACUGCUCUUUAUUUUGCAAAGUGAAAUUUGUGUACUUGUUUUAAAUUAAUUUUGACUUUGAUCUCUUCUGUAAGUAAGAGUUAACAACUGUGUGAAUAAUAAUAUUUUUAUCUGUUUUCUUUUUUACAGGCCGUCAGUCAGCAGCUAGAACAGGCGCAACAAAAUCUGUCCAGUGCAUCUGGAGAAGAAGAUAAGGCCAAAGCUCAAAUUGCUGUAGAGUGUCUAGAGGCCUUAAAUAAAGCUCUUGGACAAUAA